AUGUCACGAUCCCGUUGGCUCGUAACAUUUGUCAUUGAUUUGAAACCCUCCCAAAAUUUCAUCUCCUCCCUUAAGUUAGACGCGACGCACGCUUUUACCUCGUUAUAUACAGUUAUUAAUAAUUAUUCUUCUAAAACAAAUGAUAUCUUCUUUGAUAAAUUGUUAUCGAAUAAUUUACAACAGACCCGCAUUGUCCACAACCAAUAUAAUGAGUUGAUGCUUCGCGCUUCGCAGUUCACCUUGUUAAAGAAAAAACGUCCACGUAGAGCUCUUCUUCCCAUUGUAGGCAAAGCUUUGAGUUUUCUCUUCGGUACAGUUUCUACAUCAGAUUUAAAAGUCAUUAAUACUAAUAUUGAUAAAUUAGCUGCGAAACAAACGGAUAUUAUUCAUGUUCUCGAUAAAAGUCUAUCUAUUUUAAAUACUUCUCGAAUUGAAAUUGCAAAGAAUAGAGUAUCAAUUAACGCAUUAGUUUACAACUUAAAGGCUUUUGAACCUCAAGUUACUCAACUUUUAACUGACGUUACCAAAGAAGUAAAUAAAGUUAAGGGAUUUCUACAAUUAACCUCUAAAAUUAACUUCAUCAUAAAAGAAUUACAAAAUAUCAUAUUUCAAGGAUUAAAAUAUUUCGAUCACCUUAAUCUCCAAUUAAAUAUGCUAUCUCUCGGACACAUUUCUCCAAGUACUAUUUCUCCUUCGGAUCUUAAAUCCUUGUUAGGUACGAUUAAUGGACACUUACCUACUUCAGUCCAUUUACCUGUUGACCCAGAUGACCAUCUUUGGAAAUAUUAUAAAUUUUUAACGUGUUCUGCUGUGUUAUCAAGCGACACCUUAUUAAUCAUUUUUAAUUUACCCUUACUAGAUUCAAAUAGGAAACUAGAAAUUUUUCAAGCCCAUAAUUUACCCGUGCCGUUUACUUCUAAACGUAUAAUAAACGACACGCAUGAUCUUCAAACAAUGGUAGCAGUUCAUGAACUUGAAAGUGAAUAUCUGGCAGUUAACGCUGAACGCACUCAAUUCGCUCUUUUACAACCCAGCGAGGUUGACCGUUGUUCUCAUGCAAUCAUCCAUUUCUGUUCUAUCCAUAGUCCCCUUUACCCGAUAAAUUUGAGUAAAUUAUGUAUUACGGCCCUGUUCAUGAAAAAUCAGAAAUUGUCCAAACAAGUAGGCAAAGUUAAUAUUCAGACCAAAUCAGUUUUUCCUAUGGCCACUUAUUUAAUGGACGUUAAGGACAAACCAUGGGCACAUUGGCAUCUUUUGUCAACAGGGAUAGGCAGUUUCAUUGGGGUGGCUUUUAUUUUAAUGUUAAUCGUUUAUUGUAUCAAAUCUAAACUCCAAAACUCAGCCAAACGGUACAUGAACAAAGAAGGUGACGCUAUUAAGUAUGAGGUCAUACGUAAGAGGGUGUCAGCUAAAACUGUAAGCGGAAAUACGCAAGACAGGGAGAACACUACCCCUACACCUUUAAUACUAGAGGAAGAAAUGGCUGAGGAAACGGACUCUCAGCCACCGAUGUUUAAGCUGAAAAGACCAAUAAAUCAAGGACCGGGAAAAAUCCAAAACAGAUAG